AUGGCUCCGAAGCGGCCCAAGAGCGGCGGCGGCGGCGGAGGGUCGACCCCUGCGCCACCGGGGACGGGCUCCAAGAACUGGGAUGUCGGGCUGGGGACUGCCCGCCUGGAAGAGGAAAAUUGGAAUCCCAGUAUCGCCUUGGUUGUUGGGAACCGAGCCGAGGAUGAACUUAACAUAAAGGCUCUGUCCCUUGCUGUGCAGGUGCCUCAGCGAAAACUCUUCAGUGUGGUAUCUUGGGAAGGAAUACUAGCACAGAUCAUGGAAGCUGGAGAUGUAAAAGCAAAGAAGAUCAAAGAAAAAGAAACACCUCUAUAUUAUGAAGUGAUAGAGGUGGCAAAAAACAUUAUGGAUACUGGGGAACCACUUCCUAUUACUCUAAUUGGAAAAUUAAUUAAAUAUGAGAUGCUUCGAAUCAAACAGAAGGAUAUACAGAGAAGGGCUGCUGAAAAGAAGGUUACUGAGGACCGGGAAAAGGAGAAAGAAGAAAAGGGGAAAGGAAAAGGGAAGCCUGCCAGCAAGAAGGAAAAGCCGGCCAGCGCCAAGUCUGCUGGGAAAGGAGGGAAAGGAAAGAAGACGGCGGAUUCACCCAAUGUGUCAACAAGCGCCAUUAAAAAAGACACCAAACUUAAACGACGUGGAGAAGAUGAUGAUCUUGAUAAAUACAUUGAUGACGAACCCGAUGAUGGUGCUCAGUAUUAUUUCAUCAUUUGUGGUUUUUACUACCCUCAACUUCUGCCUGUGCUAUCCGAUCUUGGGAUCAAUGUUGGAUGUGUCAUUAAGAUUUUAUCUGACAACUACGAGCCACUCCAGACUUACCUGGAAGCAGUUGCUCUACAGGAAGAACCACUUCUUCCAGCAGAAGUUGUAGAAGCUGAAAACAAGAAGAAGGAAAAAGCAGUUAAAGACCUGGAAAACUUCUGGAAAUACUUGGAACCAAUUCUGAACAGUGGGAAGCCAGGAUCAAAACUUUUUCAGAUUGCUAGACUCCUUCACCUAGUCCAUGAGUCUACCUUUCCUGCUGACUGGAGUAACAGUGACAUGAUGCUUGAAUUUGGAACUGACCUCUUUGAAAGUGUGGCAUGUUUAAUGUAUGACUGCCUGGAUUGGAAAAGGCAGCAUCAACACUACUUGAAAUCCACCAGAUUUAUUAAUGUUCCUGUAGUGGAAAAGAAGAGCAAGCUAGCAACUGAGGUACAGCUGACUGCUCCAACUACUCCUUCAAGGAAAAAACAAGUGGCAGAAGAGCCUGUUGCACCAGUUUUAACAACAGAUGUGGACAUGAGGUUUUACAAUGAUCUCUUAAGCCCAAUCCCUGAUGAAGUUAUUUCUGUUGCCUUAAUAAUGAAUUGCAUGCUGCAACAGGUUGUUGCAUCAGAAGAGAACUUAACACCACCAAGUCUGGUGGUUCCAGAGCCACGUGAAGAUGGGCUUGAUCAUACCAUUGCAAGUCACAUUGUUUCGAUCCUGCCUUCUCUUGCCCUUCCUGAAACUGAAAAAAGGAAUCUGUUCAAUUCCUUUUAUCCUGAAAAAGAAGAAAAGAUGAUGGCUCUCAGAUGGCCUCUUAUACUGAACUAUCACGAUACUUUGUCUGAGAAGUUGCACUUCCUAAAGGUACAAGAUUGUUUGGAUCCAGCAAAAGUUGAAGAUGAAAUGAUGGACAAGUUGCCUUUGAUGGAUCUUCUUAAAUUUCCUUUUCCACCACCAGGAAACAAUACUAAACGCCUUGCCAGGAUCCAUGAGCUCAUGCACUAUUGCACCAAUGAACACAUGAACUGGGCUGAAGUAGAACGAGCCUUUAAAGUGUUUACUUUUGAAAGUCUGAGGCUGACAAAAGUAGAUAACUCUGGACAACUAGAAGGCUCUGGCAUUACGCUUGGUGGAGAUUAUGAGGUGUCUUAUAUCCCAUGGGAUAAUCCAGCUAGAUUUGCUAAACAACUGAGACAAAAAUUAAGUGGCAAAAAGAUAUCGGAAGAAAAUAAUCUUGACAGAUCAGAUUACAUUGCUGAUAGUCAUGAAGGUGGUCUGAGCAGUUCUCUUGAAAAUAAUAUAAUUUUGGAUACAGAAUUAGCAGCCAUACAGAAGACCCAACAGCGGUGUUUGGAAGACUGGAGUUUUGCAGAACAUUUCCAGGCACAUCUCCUCUUCCAGGUUCUCCACAAUGCAACCCAGAAUUACAGGUGCAUUGAUUCUUAUUAUCACACUCAGGACAACUCUUUGCUGAUAGUUCUUCACAAUCCCAUGAACCAGCGUCAUCAGUUUCACGAGUCCUGGAAAGUUGCAUUGCAUUCUGAUGUUGGGUUCAGGAAUUAUCUGGAAUUGAUAGCCAGUUCCAUUGAUGAAUGGAUAAUAAGAGAAGAAGCCAAAUAUCAGGAAGAAAAAAUGGCUAAGGAACUCGAAGUACUUAGGUUAGCUAAAGAGAUGGCAGAAAAACCACUUCCUGAAGUCAAGUCCCCACCUUCCGGCAAAAAAGGUGCUGCCGCAAAGAAAUCUAAAAGUCCUCCCAAAAGUAAAGUAGACGUUUCUCCAGAACCUCCGGUUGAUAAGGAAAAAAAUAUGUUUGUCAGGGAUGACUCUCUCAAGGCUUGGAAGGAAGAGCAGGAACGGCUAUUAGAGGAAGAGCGAUUGAAAGAAUUAAAAAAAGCUGAGAAGAAGGAAAAAUCGAGUGGCAAAAAAAAAGGCCAGGGUAAGGAGACAUCAGCCUCUGAUGAAGGAAAAGUAUCCAAGAAGAAAUCUCCCAAGGAUAAAUUGAAAUCCCCAUCUAAAUCACCAGAAUCAGCUAAAUCACCGGAUUCUGAAGAUCAAACAAAGCUACACAAACAAAGUAAACAGAAUGUCCAUCCUCUGCCCCCAGAGAAAGACCAUGAGUUUCUUGGGUACAAUAUGGGUGAGAAUCCCAUUCAAGUUGCAGGCACUAUCCGAUAUCUGUUCCCUACUGACGGAGGGCAAAUCCAGGCAGAAAAGAUAACAUUUGAAAAAGGGGCAACCUUAGUCAAAGUGAAGGUGAUAAAGGACAACCACUGUUUCUUCAUUCAUAUCAUAGACCCCCUGGAAAUUCCAAGGGAAGCUAAAAAUAAGCAAGACAGUUUUGGCUCCCUGGAAGAACAAGAGACUGAGCCAGAGAAACCAAUACAUCAAGAGAAAACUGUGAGCAAAUUUGGAUCAUUUUCAGCAACUUUAGAAAAUAAAAUACAUCUUUCCUUCAGUUGCUAUGGAGCUUCGGGAAAAGCAGCAGAAGAAAAGGAUCCUGAUUUAGCAACCAUUUUGUGCAUCCCUGCCAUAAACGUGCCCACUUCUACUCUUGUUACCUCGGCUGCUUCUGCUGCUACCGUUUCUACUGCAGGAAAGGCCAAACCUGGCAAAGAAAAAACAGUCAAAUCCAUAACGUCUGCCAAAGUGAGCUCUCGUCUCACAAUGACCGCAUCACCAGAAGAUUCUUCAAAGCCAGAAGAGAAAAAGGUAGAAACUGACGAGCCUGUCCAAACCCAAGCUAUUCCAGAAGCCCGCGUUUUCAAUAGCUUGAAUGUGUCCUGUCCCAAUGGAUUGGUACUGACCUUUCUUGGUCAAAUGUUCACAGGUGAAGAAAAAAGAUCUAAGGCCAAGAAUUAUGAUGAAGAAAGUAAAAUAGAUGAGACUCAGUUGGAUGAGGCCAAGGUGAAUGAAAUCAAAACACAAGAAGCCAAGAUAGAACCACUCAAGGCCAAUGAGACCUUAGCAAGUAAGGCCAAAGCAAAUGGAGACAAAGCAGGUGAAGUUGAAGCCGCUGAUGUAUCUGCAGCAGACGGUGCCAUAAGAAAUGAAGCCGAUGAAGGCAAGGCUGAGAUUGAAACAGAGGAGGAGAACAUGGACAAGGCCCAGGCAUCUACUUUUGAAAUACUUAUUAGGCAGAACUAUCCACAGAGUGUGAAACAUUCACAGCUGCAGAAAACAGUGAAGAAACCAGUAGAACAGGAAGUGUCUAGAGUUAUUACCAGACAAGGGACUGUUGUAAAGUACAUGUUGGAUGGAUCCACCCAGAUACUGUUUUCUGAUGGCACAGUGAUCAGGAGUCCUGAUUCUGGCCCUGUGAUACCACCUCCACCUGCACCCAGUACACCUCAUACAGAGAUCUUGCCUUCUCCUGAAAUAAGCACCAAGAAAAGCAGAAAAAACACCAAGGGUUCUCUUGCACCAAAAAUUGAAGCAGCUGAAGCAGUUGCUCAAGAUCACUUGUCUGAUACAGAUCAAUCCCCAGAUGCCCUGGCAGGCACCUGGAUAACCACUACCCCAUUAGGCAUUCAAGUAGGCACCAAGGGAUCAGAGAGGCUUGAUCUGAAGCCAUUGUUGGCCUACCAAGCCACUGAUCCAGUUAAUGGAACGGUAAUGAUAAUGAGAGAAGAUAGGGUAGUUGUGGUGGAGAAAAGAGAUGGUUCCAGAAUUGUAGAUCAUGCUGAUGGCACCAGAAUAACCACCUUUUUCCAAGAAUGUGUUGAAAUUGUGCCUAAUGACAAUGAAGAGACAGACGCUAACCCCCAAAUCAUCACAAGGAAGGUGAAGUGUAUGCGUGUAGAAAAUCCAGACUUUGCAACUGUCAUAACAAACUGUGAGGACAGCACCUGUUGUGCUAUUUUUGCUGAUGGAACCUCAAUUAUAUCAAAGCCACAAGGGACAUACCAAAUAUUGCCCAUGAACAAAGGCUGCCUCUUCAUCGAUGAAAAUUGUUCUGCAGUUUACUCCCCUGAGGCAUUUGACAAGAAUGAAUGUGAACUUCUGUCUACUUUGGAGGACCAGCAGACAGGGAAAUACAUUAUGAAACACAACUCUAGCAUUGCCUGUGAGAUUACAGACCCUGCAGGGAACCUUUUCAAGGUCAUGGCUGAUGGCAGCACAUUUGAAUUCAUUGAUAGUAUUGAUUCUGAUGGAAAGGAAUCAGAACCCACAGAAAUUCAGACUCCAGUCUUAUAUGGAGAACAUGCACCCAGGUUCUUCAUUGUCUAUGCUGAUGGUUCAGGGACUGAACUCCUCCGAACUAGGGACACAGAAGAAUACCUGGCUAUGGCAUAUGGUGAUCCAGUUACAGCAGUUCUGCAAGAGCCAAUAGAAGAAUGCCCAGGAGUGCUAAGCAUUACUAUCCUCCGCCCUCUGACCAAAGCAUCUCGAUGGGUCAUGAAGAGAGACUCUGCCACUAUCAUUCCUGAUAAUCUCCAGUCAAGAGCCUGGGAAACCUUUCCUGCAGUUGAGAGGAAGACUCCAGGCCCUCCAUUUGGGACGCAUGCUUGGAAAGGCCUGUCCAUAGAAUUCAAGGGGUUAGCAGGAUCUCCUGCACCUAUAGAAAAAUGUCCAGAUGUUCUCCAAGUUCGUCGGUUGAUCCAAUAUGAAUCAGUCACUGAGGAACUGAGACACACAUUGCAGCUUUCUGUCAAGGAGUACAUUGACAAAAUCAUGAGGCAAGAAGAUGAGAUGCAAGAGAUGAUAAUUAAAGAUCCAAGAAUGGAAGAGGAGAGAGAAAAUGCUGCAGAUCUUCUUAAGCUAGUUAUGUCUUUCUCUGCCCUUGAAGAAUCUUCAGAUCUUUGCACUAGAGCUCAGGUUGCUGAAAUAUAUGAGCGGGCGCUGACUUCCCAAUUGCAAAAUCCAUCAGGGGAGGCACUCACAAAGAAGACUGAAGAAUAUUGGCAGAGGUUACGCCAGGAAGGGGAAGUGCAGGUUUCUCCCUGGCAGAUCAAGUUAGCACAGACCAGGCAGGAAAUCGAGGAUGGAAAGAAGUGUCUUAUGAGGAGGAGGAGCAAAAUCAUCCCCCCCUAUUUCAAAUCAGAAUUUGGCAUGGAAUUUUUGCAAAAGGAGCUUCCUGAUGUUGAACAUUUUUCAAAAAUGCUCCCCCCAUUUCCAAAGAAAGAAAAGAAGGAACCCUUGUUGGACACAAUUACAGAAUCCAGUGAAUCCAGAACUCCUGAAUGCGAUUCAGACGCACAAGACCACUUGGCCAGAAGAAAGCAUCCUCGAGAUUUCCAGCAUAACUCAUCAGUUUGUUCUUCAGUCCAUGGUGAAAUCUAUCCAGAUCUUUCCACAACAGAAAUAGAAGCAACUCAAAAUAGAUUAGAGAUCUUCUUCCAGCCAAAACUUCAGUCUCUUCUGGUGGAUGCUGCAGGAUCCCCAAGAAAAGAGAAGGUGAAAUUGCCCUCAUCCAUACAGAGAGCCAAGCCACAAUCUGUCCCCAGGAAAAAGGAUGAAGAUCCUGUUUCCGGCAAAGUCCAUACAUGCUCUGUGGCGGCAGCUUCCCAGCAACUGUCAGGCUUCCUUCUCAUCCCACCUAAGGUGACAUUUGGGAUUCUUAAGGAGGGCUGCAGUUAUGCAGCUACAGUGGCCUUGAAGAACGUUGGAAUAGAUUUCUGCAGGUUUCGGGUGAAACAACCACCCCCCUGCACUGGACUGCGAGUGAGCUAUACCCCAGGGCCUGUAGCUGCUGGGCUUCAAACUGAGCUGGAAAUUGAGAUUUAUGCCAUGGCUAUAGGAGUAGGAGGAGAUGAGGGCCUGGGCAAAAUGUUCCAUCAAAUUGAAAUUUACACGGAAACGGAAACUCUCUUCCUACCUGUGGAAGCAACAGUCUUAACAGGCAACGUUUAUGAACACAGAACCCCAGACUACCCACAAGGGGAAAAGGCUUCCUCCAUCCGGCUGGUUUCAACAAGUCCAAUCUCUCGUUUUAGGGUUAUACUACCUCGUAAGAUUCCUAGUUAAUAACGGACCAUAGCAGGCCUGGAAUAAAAAUCCCAGCAUCGUGACAGUCCUACAGUGAUACGAUUUUAGUCUAGCAGGAAAA